ACAACAACAACAACACACACGGGGGUUUUCCUGUUGUCUUGAUCUCUUUCUUCACCUACGCCACUCAUCGAGCCACCAGGUUCGCAUUGGGUACCUUACUAUACUACCACUGUUGUUUCAGCCCUACACCCUGUGUUGGAUUGGUCUUGUCGUUUUCGUACCAUCCCACAUUCACUCAUACUCUGCUCCAUUCACAUUACAUCAUCACCUUGAAUCAUUACUCCGACACCAAAACACCCCAAAGAGCUAGCAUCCGUCUCAGAGCCUGUAACUCCAGUGCUGUCUGACACGGAGCCUUCCGGGUUUCAUUACUCUUACCAUAUUCUCACCACCAAACAAAAUCAGUCAGUACCGAGCUGGUUAGUAUCAACAUCAGCCAUGUCUAGCAGCCCAACUUUCAAGGACAAGGACGAGGAUCUGGAGGCCCAGGUUCCUCUCAACCCACAGCCUUCCAAUCCCACGGUCAGAACAGAACAAGAAGUCUCAGGCACGACAAAGCUACUAUACUUGGCCGUCUACUUUCUAUGUAACAUUUCAUUAACGAUUUACAACAAGCUCAUCUUGGGCAAGUUCUCCUACCCAUGGCUUCUCACGGCCCUCCACGCCGGCUCGGCGUCUAUAGGCUGCUACAUCCUCCUUCUCCAAGGCCGAUUUACCCUCACGAAGCUCAGCCUCCAGCAAAACGUCGUCCUCUUCCUCUUCUCCAUCCUCUUCACCGUCAACAUCGCCACCUCCAACGUCUCUCUCGCCAUGGUCUCCAUCCCCUUCCACCAGAUCAUGCGAUCGACCUGUCCCUUUUUCGCCGUGCUCAUCUACCGCUUCCGCUACGGCCGCUCCUACCCGCGGGACACCUACCUCUCUCUGAUCCCGCUCAUCCUGGGCGUCGGUCUCGCCACUUAUGGCGAUUACUACUUCACCGCCGCGGGUUUCCUCCUCACUUUCCUGGGCGUCAUCCUGGCCGUCGUCAAGACCGUCGCCACCAAUCGGAUCAUGACCGGCGCGUUAGCUUUGUCGCCCCUCGAAACGCUGCUGCGCAUGAGUCCCCUAGCUUGCGCGCAGGCGCUGGUCUGCGCUAUUGCUAGCGGUGAGCUGGCUGGGUUUAGGGAGCAGAGCCCCGAGGGCCCGUCGGGGGCGUUGAUCCUCACGCUGGCGGGCAAUGGGCUGUUGGCGUUUUGUCUGAAUUAUAGCUCGUUUUCGACGAACAAGGUGGCGGGCGCGGUGACGAUGACGGUGUGCGGAAAUAUCAAGCAGUGUUUGACCAUCUUGCUGGGUAUUGUGUUGUUUGGAGUCAAGGUGGGAUUCUUGAAUGGUUUGGGUAUGGUGAUUGCAUUGGCGGGCGCGGCGUGGUAUAGUGCUGUUGAACUGAGGAGUAAGACGCAGAAAGGUGGGAGGUAAAAGGGUUGGUUCGUGGGAACAGCGUCUCCUUGCGCGAUGACAGGGGAGAGAUAUAUGUGAUACCCUGCCGGUUGCGAUGGUUGAAUAGAAGGUUAGGUGCGGGUUGCAUAUAGAGUCUGGAAAGACGCAGUGUGUGUGUGGGAGAUUUGUCCAUACACAAAAACCAAUCACAAGCGUAUUUAUCGCUAGAUAUUCAGUUCCUUUUGUAGAUCAUUAUCCGCGGGAUUCUGCUCGUGCAACCUCAUAGCCAGCUUUCAUAACUGCUGCAUCUGUCUCUGUUCGCUUCCCCCAAAUCUUUCAAGGCCACGCUGCCGCUUU